AUGGCAUUGUUGCGAUGGAUCAUCAAGAUCCUUUUGGAAUAUUUCUUAUCAGAGCCUUCAAAGAAUGUCUGUAUAUGGGGGCUGUGUCUGGAAACACCUGGUCAGGAUGCCCUGCUCCAGGCUGAUGAAAACAAGGCCUACACAAUAAACCAGAAUGGGUUCCUCCCCUCUAGCAGCAUCCCUGCCCAGCCAUCCAUGGAGGAAGGCUCCCUUUUCCCAAGCACCCAAAGGGAUAGAACUGGUUACUGUCAUGUUCUGUGGGCCAUGAGGACCGCAGCUGUGGGCUCCUACGUCCCCAAGAGUACCAGUAUUGUGACUGGUAGGCUCAACAGGGAGCAGCGUCAGCAUAUUGUUGGAUAUGAACAACGCAUGCAUUUUCCGGAGUUCCUUGGCUGGGGGCUACAAGGAGCCCCCGGCCCACCCGCGGUCCAGCCCCGCCUGACCUUCUUUGAAGCUCCGUGCUCCUCGGGAGCGGAGCCCCGGCCUCACCAUGUCCAACGCGUGAGUAUCGGCGCGGGGGAGGGCGGCUCAGCCCACGAAGACGAGCCGGGGCUUCUAGUGCACCACAAUCUCCACGGGCGACAAACCUACAAUAAGAUGUGGGGGGAUGCCCAAGAAGCCCUCAACUGUCUGCUGGAGGGAGAGUCUGAAAAGGCCCUGGAGCCGCCCCAGGACCAGGUGGUGAUCUUCCAGAUGCUGGCCACCUUCUACGUCAAGUACGUGCAGAUCUUCCGCAACCUGGAGAAUGCCUACGACCAGAUGGUGCACCCUCAGAAGCGCAUCCUGAUCCGGCAGGUGCUGGACGCCGUCAUGGGCCGCAUCCUGGAGCUCAAGAACGAGAUGGUCGAGCUCGAGCUCUCAGAGUUCCACUACUUCGAUGACAUUUUGCAAGACCUCAAGCUGUCUCCUGAACAGCUAGACAUUCCCAUUCCCAAGUACUUUUUGAAGGAGAAGAUGGAGGUACUCAGAGAACGAGAGAAAGUCCUGGCUCAGAUCUUGGCCAAUGCUGGAUUGGAAGGACUGCACCUGAAGCUGCCUCUGAAGAUCAUGCCCCUGGAGGAAGCCGUGAAAUUGAUCCAGAUCUCGGAGAGAGCCCGCCAGGGCCGCCUGAGAGCCAUCUUCAUGCGGCAGAUCUAUCAUCAAGAUAUGAGAGAAAAACAAGCCCGGCUUCAUGGGGAGAAGGUCCCGGACCCGGGCAGUGCCGCCAUCCGGAUUCAAAAGUUCUGGCGCUCAUUCUACCAAUGUAAGAAAACUGCAAAGGAAAAGGAAGAAGAAAUGAUAUUUCUAGGAAUGAACCCAUCACCACACAUUCAAAGUUUCAACAACACACUUCUCAAUGCCCAGAAAGUGAACUUCCUACGUUAUGAGAUCCAGGAUAAGCAUGAGGAGGAGUACAAAGAAGCUUUAGUUACCAUCAAAACAAAUUUGAAGACGUUAGAAGGUCCAGACAUCAGAGAGAGCCUUCAGGACCAGAUCCGGCAUUGGUUCAUCGAGUGCAGGAAUAUGACUGGCACAUUUCCUGAUUACCCAAAGGAAGAAGAAGGGGGCUCUGCAAUUAUUUUUUCAGAAAGGACCCCACAACAGGUGGUCCAGGACAUUAUAGCCAGCGAAGAAGAAGAAGGCAUGAAGAAGGCCAAAAAGAAGGAGGCGAAAGAGGAUAAGGAAAAGAAAGAAAAAAAGAAAAAUAAAGAAAAGGCAGAAAAAAAGGAAAGCAAAAAGAAUGAAGAAGAAGAAGGAUGGAAAAUGGCACCCAGUCUCUUCAUCCCAGCCAUAGAAGAUGGAAACAAUAAAUACAAAGGAGUCUGGAGGGACAUAGACGAGUCCUGGAAUUUCCCCCAGGAUUAUGACCCAGAGAUGAUCAAGGAAGAGAAGAGGAAAGAACUGGAAUCGGAGAUCAGAGUUCAGGUGGAUGAGCUGAUGAGACAAGAACUGAAGAAUCUAAAAUUAGCUGUGGACAGAGAAAAGGAAGUCCCAAGAAAAGCAAAGAAGAAGAAGGAAAAAAAGAGAGGAAGAAAGGGGAAGAAAGGCAAAAAGGAGAAGGACCUGACCCCUGACAGGACCCUGGAUUCCCUAUAUAAGGAACUGGUAGAAGAAGAAUUACUGAUAAGACCCUUGAAAGUCCAGCUCUCUGAAUACAUCGGUGAGUUCUGUUACCUGGGAACUACCCUGCGCCAUGUCGCGAUAGAACCAAUGCCGUCGCUCUCUGACGUGAGACAGCUCGUCACCUUGUACGGGAUUCUCCCAUUAGGUAAUAAAGAAAGGAAACUGACUUGCAGACCAAGUCCAAUGGAGCCUAGACGUCUGAAAAAGCAGCUGCCCAAAAUCAUAAAACUGAUGAAGCCUGAGGAUCGGAUCCUGAUUGUGGGGACCACCAAGUGCCCCUUCGAGGCUGAUAUCAAGCCCCUGUGCAAAGUCUACCAGAAGAUUAUCAUGAUCCCCAGGCCAGACUAUGCCUCCAGAUUCGUAUUGUGGAAGCAAGUGAUUCAACAGGCUGGAGGAAAGAUCACCAACUCACUGAACAUCAGCUGUCUCUCCAAGGUCACCGAUGGAUUCACCCAAGGACAAAUAGUGCAGGUCAUAAAAAACAUCCUCACCGAUCGGCGAGUCCGGCAGCAGAAGCAAAAGGCUCUGACAGCCGUGGAGUUCAUCACGAGCCUGGCUCGGAUGGACCCCGUGUACAAAGAGGAGGAAGAGAGCUUUAAGACCUGGUACUCCAAGACCCCUUUGGGUAAGAAAAGAGAAAUUGCAUUGUCUGGAGCUGAUGCAAAGGACAAAGGAAAAGGAAAAGGAAAGGGGAAAGGAAAGGAGAAAGAAAAGAAAGGGAAAAAUAAGGGAAAAGAGAAAAAGUAA